CUCUAUCAAGUCUGGAGAGGAAGCAAUAAAUUCCUCUGCGGUGGGCGCCUCAUCUUCGGUCCGGACGCUGGUUCCCUCUUCCUGUCCACGGCUCUAAUCGCAGGCCCUUUGGUAGGCCUAUGCUGCCAGUGCAUCACAAAGAUGAACUCCAGCGCUUCGGACCAGAAGAACCAUGUCCUUGGCCUGCCGGUCCUCAUCGUCACAGUUGUCCUCGGCCUAGCGAAUUUGGCAUUCCUGCUACUGACGUCGAGUAGAGACCCGGGUAUCGUGCCGAGGAACGCGCGUCCUCCCGAGUGCGGCGCGGAGGAGCAGGCGGUGGACAUGACGACGCCGUCAACCGAGUGGGUGAACGCGGCGAGCCCCCACCUCCGUGUUCCCCGCACCAAGGACGUGGUCGUCAACGGGUGCACGGUGAAGGUGAAGUACUGCGACACCUGCCUGCUCUACCGGCCGCCCCGGACGUCGCACUGCUCCAUCUGCAACAACUGCGUCCAGAAGUUCGACCACCACUGCCCCUGGGUCGGCCAGUGCAUCGGCCUGAGGAACUACCGCUUCUUCUUCCUCUUCAUCUCCACCUCCACGUUCCUCUGCUUCUACGUCUUCGCGCUGUCGUGGCUGAACAUCACCACCGAGAGGGAGGAGUACGGCGGCUCGCUGCUCAAGUCCAUGCGCGGCGAGGUGCUCUCUGUGGUGCUCAUCGUGUACACAUUCGUGUCCGUGUGGUUCGUCGGCGGGCUCACCGUGUUCCACACCUACCUCAUGAGCACCAACCAGACCACCUACGAGAACUUCAGGUACAGGUACGACAAGAAGGAGAACCCCUACAACAGGGGCGCGCUCGCCAACGUCGCCGAGGUCUUCUUCACGCGGAUGCCGCCGUCGCUCAACCGGUUCCGCUCGUGGGUGUCGGAUGACGAGGACGCCUACGGCGGCGCCGGCGGCGGCCCGCUCUCUCCAAUGAGCGGGGGCCUCGAUCUGGAGAUGGGGCGCAAGGGCGUGCACUACAGCGCCGGUGGCGUCCCGGCGAUCCUGCAGGGUAUGGACUACAGCGAGAUGGAGAAGAUGGAGGGUGCCGGCGUGCACGUCAAGGAUCGGCAAGCGCCGCCCGAGGCGCCGGACCUGUUCAUGAUAUCGGCCGCCCGGCAGCAUGACGUGGGUUGCGGAGGAGGAGAUCGUAGUCCGCCAAUUGUACAUGACCAAGAUGCGGAGAGGACACUAGUGAGCUCGAAUGAAAAUUCUGAACGGUGA